CGCGGAAGCAAGUAACUGAAGAUACGCCUGAAUGCGAUUUAUGACGUUGAACACCAACAGCAGAAACAUUUUGAUUCCUGUUGGAUUUUUGUAUUUGAGCAGAUCUGGACAAUUUGGAAAUCUUGUCCCUGUCAAUAAGUCGUAUUAACUAAACAGAGUCAGGUGAAAACAAAGUGCUAAAUCCUGCGGUUGUUUGGUUCUUAUUUCAUUACGUCACAUAAACUCGUGCGUCAUUUUAGCGCUGCAUGCAGAGAAGUGCGUGUUGCAGUUCCAGGAUCAGUCAAAGUACUUCAAAACAACCCCAGACUUUCACAGCAGCUCCUACAUCCAGAGUGUAAAAGAUGGUUACUUCCGUGCUGUUUCCUCUACUUUUACGGCAAUUCUAAAUAUAGUGUGAGCUGGACCUUGGCGCGAGGCUGCGCGCGGCUGUGCUGGUUCACGCGAUGUCCGCAGAUAACCGCGGAGACUCCGGAUUAAACGGCUCAUGGGUGGAGCUCGAGAUGAACAGGAGCUUGGGUGAGACAUCUCAUUCCUCGUCUGGUGCCGUGGUGAUGCCUGCUCUUGCCCCAAUAGUUGAGGAGGAUGAUGGUAUGGCGGGAGGGCUGGAGCAUGUCCCCUCAUCCUCCUCCAUCCACAACGGGGACAUGGAGAAGAUCUUGCUGGAUGCUCAACAUGAAUCCAGCCGCAGUAACUCCUCCUGUGACAGUCCUCCACGUCCUCACACUCCUCAGGGUCAAAGUCAGAUUAUCUUUGAUGUGGACAGAGGUGAAAGUCAGGUUCUGGAGAAGAUGAGGGAUGAGGACAUUCUGAUGAAGGACUCUGACUGGGUGGCUGACUGGUCCAGCCGUCCAGAAAACAGCCCUCCCAAAGAAUUCCAUUUUUGUCAUCCACGGCGCUCGGUCACCCUGAGCAUGCGCAAAACUGGAGCUAUGAAAAAGGGAGGAUUCUUCUCCACUGAGUUCCUGCGAGUGUUCAUCCCCUCUCUGCUGCUGUCACACAUACUGGCCCUGGGGAUUGGGGUGUAUAUUGGGAAGAGACUGACCACGCCCCCUGCAACCUCCUUUUGAGCACCAAAGCAGAUGAAGUGUCUCAGAUGUGACCUGUGUGGAUUUGGGAAAUGUUACAGUUUUUUUUAUGAUGAAUGGCUGAAUGCACCCCUUCACCUCACAAUCUCUCACUCUCUAGUUUUCUUUUUCACGCCCUUCCCCCUUUUAGUGGUAGAGUCCUUUUUGCAUUUCCUGAUCUGCCAUUCCAGCACAUUCUACUGACAUGGACAGAGCCAUGCUGCCAGAGGGGAGCCUCUUCCUUUAUUUCUUGUGUUUUCUCCUCCUCCCCCUGUCUGACCCUAAUAUUAGUUCUCAUGAGUAAUUGUUUAGUUUUCUCUCAUGGUUCUAAUUACAUGGUGGGGUGUAAGAUGGGAGGCAGUGUGUCCCCUUACCCAAGAGACUCCUCUGCUCUGCAGCAACUGAGGAUAUGAUCCCAAACCUGGGAAUGUUACACUCAUACUAUUGUCUAGGUAAAACAGGACCCCCCAAGCACCUUCCUCUAAUCAUCCAAUCUCAUACUGAGACAAAAUAUUUCAGCAUGUCUUUAUUAAUUUUCCUUUGCCAGCCAGUAGUUAUAUUCAUUCAUAUGAUUUAUUUAGGCAUUUUAAUUUAUUCUUCAGCAGCUGUGCUUGAUUGAUUAAUUGAUGAUCUGAUUGAUCAGAUGGUUGAGACUUGUGUUCAGUCAGGAUAUGACUGUCCAUAGAUUCUCUACAUGGAUAACCUACUUUGAUGAAUGCAGUUGUCGCUAUAGAGACAGCACUUGUCCCUGUAAAAUGUAAUUUGUAUUGUUAUAAAUGUAAUGUGUAUUGUUUGUAUGAUUUAAUGUAGUGUGGUGUUGUACCAGACUGCAUGGGCAGCCAGGUUUCUGUGGGGCUUUUGAUUGGAAACCCUAACCCUAACUCUAACCUUAACCCUAACCCUUUUUGAAUGGAAGCACUAACCCAUUAGUAUUCUGAUUUGGUCCUGCUUAUUUUAUCUUCACUUUGGGUUUCCAUUGAUCAUGGUUGUGAAGCAACCAGCCUCGUGUCUCUCACACCUGGUGUGGACCUUCAGUGGAGUUCCUCACUUUUCGCAGCAGUGAGGAUUAGUUGCCUGGUCUCUGGUGUUUUUCUGAGAGAACACUGAUCUAUUCUUGUUUGUUUUAAUUAUUAUUAAUCUUUGCAUGCUUCUUUCCUGCAGAACUGUAGUCUUGUGUGUCCAGAUACUCUGAAGCUCCAUCUCUGUCAGUAGCGUGUGCUCCUGGAAUUGUUUUCAGCAGUGUAGAAUUUUCUCUGCUGGUGUCAUUAACCAAAGUGCCUCAGGUCACCUGUCCAUAACCCUGUCAUUUAUGUGCUUCAGGCUGUGUGCACGUAGGCUAUUGGGAAGCUUCCCAUGAACAUGUAUUGUUUCUUUGAUUUUGAUUUCUUUUCUAUAUUCCUCUAAUACCUGAGACUGGUUAGUCUGGAGAAUGUACAGCAUAAUGGAUGUGAUGGAGACUAAAGCUUUUAGUUGAUUUGGGUUUGUGUUUGGAAUUUUAAUGGGUGCAGUGGGCACAGUGCCAUCUAAAUGCUGAACUGGCAGAGUGGAAAUGCACUGAAUUUAUCCCACUGCAGAAAUGAAAUGGAAAAACUGCAUCUAUUUUCGCUUUUGUUUACAUAUUUAUCCACUUCUUCAUUUCUUCACUUUUCUCUUAAUUUUGUGAUUCUUUUAAGAUGCAAUUGAAGCAGGUAAAGUUUCUUUUGAUGCUUUAAUUUCUGCUUUAAUAGUCAACUGAACUGGCUGGUUUAACACUGAAUAUUUUUCCAUUAAAUGGCCUCCAUCUUAAAACUUUCAA